AUGUCGCGAAUUCCCCCAUCGCAUUUUCGCCCCGUCGAUCCGGGACAGGAUCGAUUUGUCUAUUCUGACAGCUCAGUUUUGCAUGGCUGCCGUCCUAUUAUCAGAACCAGAGCACAGCUAAGCCUCGAGGAAAAUCUACAGGGCUCGAAUCAUCCACAUCCUCCAAGCGCCCAGGCGCAGUCGCAAGCGCAGGCUAGGUCUGGGCAAGUAUCCAGUAACAAGUUUCGUGAUACGAAGCCGCGGUUAUUGCUGAUGGGGCUACGUCGGAGCGGUAAAUCUUCUAUCUCGAGCGUCGUCUUUCAUAAAAUGCCCCCGACGGAAACGCUAUUCCUCGAAUCGACAACUCGCAUCCAAAAGGAUUCGAUCCACUCCUUCAUGGACUUCCAGGUUUGGGAUUUCCCUGGCCAGUUGGAAUAUCUCGAGCCAUCCUUCGACCUGGAAGAUAUUUUCGGCAAUCUGGGCGCAUUGGUAUGGGUCAUUGAUGCCCAAGAUGACUACCUGGAAGCCGUCUCAAGGCUAAACCGAACCAUCCUCCUCGUACAACAAUACUACCCUCACAUCAACAUCGAAGUCUUUAUUCACAAAGUAGACGGCCUAUCCGAGGAAUACCGUGCCGACACGUUCCACGACAUCGUCCAGCUCAUUUCAGAUGAGCUCAGCGACGCCGGCUACGAGAAUGCGGCCGUGCACUACUACCUCACGUCGAUAUACGACUACUCCGUCUUCGAAGCCUUCAGCAAAGUGAUUCAGAAACUCAUCCCGCAGCUCUCCACCCUCGAAAACCUCAUCAACAUCCUCGCCAACAACUCCGGCAUGGAGAAGACGUACCUCUUCGACGUGCUGAGCAAGAUCUACAUCGCAUCCGACACAAGGCCCGUAGACAUGGCCUGUUACGAAAUGUGCUCGGACUACAUCGACGUCAUCGUCGAUGUGAGCGAGUUGUAUUCGUGGGACCACCCCGAGCGCAAACCCAAGGGCACGCAGAUCCCUGAGGCGGAAAGUCAUGUCGUCUUGCAUGACAAAAGUAUGAUCCAUCUCAUGGAGAUGAAUAAGUAUGGUGCCCAUUUUCUGUACCUAUGUCUCGUCUCCGUGAUUAAAAACGCAGACGCCAAGGAUAAAAAGGGCCUCAUCGACAUGAACUGCCGCACCUUCCAGGCGGCGCUGAAUGAAGUCUUUUCGAGGAAUUGGGAGCAGGAGUUGUGA